AUGCAGAUCGUGGGCGCAGCAGAGUCUACUGCUGUAUAUCUAAGCGAUUUUGGGAACAAUAUGAAGCCUCAGGAUCUCCUAGGAUACAGUUCACCGCCCCGUCCGGCCGCUGGUCCGCUACCCAUCCGCCCAAUCGCGCCACGCGCUCAGACCCUCGCCAUCAUCCGCUACAGCCGCUUGGUGUGUGACGGCCAUGCGGUCUACUGCAUCUCGAUCACACGAACUACUUACAAUACCGUCGGUCACUCUCUCUCGAACCCUACUCUUGGCCUCUGGCAUUUAAGAGCCGCUUGGUCCGCCUCGGUCCGAAUACUUCUUCAUCCAUUUCCCUUUGACCUGCUGCCGGCUAUGCCGUCGUCCUCUCGAGAACCUCCUGUCGGAACCUCCAAUUCAAGCAGAGACACAACGUCCCCGCUAGACAAUAACGAAAUGGGUCUCGCGACUUACACGCAUGACCGCGACGAUUACCUUGCGACCCGCUCGUUUUAUUUCAGGGACGAAGGAGUCCGCUCAUUAUCCUUCAACAGGGAGGCUCCACCCGAACGCGAUCAAGAUCGGCAAAGUGAAUGCACAUCAUUCGAAGGCUUUGACAACCAGCAAACUCCAGGACAUGCUGCCCAUUGCUUUAGAGCUACAAAAGUCGACCGUACUUCAGAUGUGUUUAACGGCGAUGCCUCGAGAUCUCAAGACCCAUCCACUACUCGAGAGCACCAUCUUCAUGGUGGCUCCGUCACAAACCAGAGUAGAAUGGUCAACGGAGAUCUCGAUGUAGAAGCUUUUCUUGCAUACUUUUGCGCCCCUCGAGACGAACCUCCGGUAGGCCGUCGGGCGGGGCCUCGAGCAGCACCUCGGACGGGGCCCCGGGCGGGACGGGACCCACGUCCAACCCACAAUCGCGAUUUUGAUCCACCCCGAUAG